ACGUGGUUUUUAGCGCAAUAAUAAACAGAAAGUGCUCCGGUUUUGUGCUCCGAAUCGAAAUCCGAAUCAUGGACGACGGAAUAUGCCGCAUAAAGGCAGAAUAUCUUAUUCCGCGCGCCGUUCCCGAAAAGCCGGCUGAAAAUGCGGAACCAAUCGUGCCGGUAGCAGCGGAGCAGGAACCUGAAAACAAACCGGUCGGAAAUGACGACGGCCCACCGGCCGAGAAGAAGGGUCGGUACGAGAGCGAAGGAAAGAAGAAAAAGAACCGUGGCCAGAACAAGGGGCGGCAGCUACCGUUUAAGGAGGAUGAUUCGCUGCGCCUCUGCAAAUCGUUGCUGGAUGGUCCCCAAGAAGAGGGCAGCGGUAAAAAGUGUUCCAACCCCAACUGUCGCUACUCGCACGAUCUCGGCCGGUUUCUACAGCUAAAGCCGAAGGACAUCGGCGACAAGUGCUACAUUUACUCCGUGAAAGGCUACUGUAACUUCGGCGUAACGUGUCGCUUCGCCGGUGCCCAUUUGGAUGAGCAGAAUCGAAACAUCUAUCCCGCCGAUCAUAAGACGGCCGACGAUUCGAUGCUGGUUUCCACCUGGCUCAGUACAGAUCUUCAGCAUAUCCUACGCAAGAAGAAGUACAACUUCAACAAAUCGACCAAAAUUGUAAAUAAGUUUGAAAAACUACAGCAGGAAGAGCGAGUGGAAAAGGCCAAGGCACCAACAGAGGAACCAGCAAAUGGUAAUGGUGAAACAACCAUCUCGGAAGCGGUAGAGAUAACGGGUGCGACCGAAACUCCAGCAGCAGUACCAAUUGGUGCAGUAACGGACGAAGAUCUGAUCAUUCUGCGUAGCGCGGAACGGAAACGGAUCAAUUUCCGCGACAAACUGUACCUUAGCCCACUGACAACGGUCGGCAAUUUACCGUUCCGGCGCAUCUGCAAAGAGUACGGUGUAGACAUUACGUGCGGCGAGAUGGCCUGUGCCAUACCGAUCAUAAACGGUGCGAUACAAGAGUGGGCCCUCACGAAACGCCACGCCAGCGAGGACCUGUUCGGGGUGCAGCUGUGUGGCCACAAGCCAAAGCUGGUAACGUACGCCGCGCAAAUCAUCGCCGAAAAGGCCGAUGUCGAUUUCAUCGACCUCAACAUUGGCUGUCCGAUCGAUUUGAUCUUCAACCAGGGCGGUGGCAGUGCUCUCCUGCGGCGCCAGAACGUGCUCCAGGUGAUGGUACAGAGCUGCUCGCGACUCUUGGCGGACUAUGGAAAAGAGUUUACGGUCAAAACGCGUAUUGGUAUCUACAACAACAAACCGAUCGCCCAUGAGUUGGUGCCGCGUUUCGAGGAAUGGGGUGCCAGCUUAAUAACGAUUCAUGGGCGCACGAAAGAGCAACGCUACACGAAGCACGCCGAUUGGGAGUUUGUGCAGCGUUGUGCCGCUCAAGCAAGUUCCGUUCCCGUCUACGGAAAUGGAGAUAUUUAUUGCUACAGCGACUACGAGUCCGCCAGGGAACGCUGUCCGAAUGUAGGCGGUGUUAUGGUGGGUCGUGGUGCGCUCAUUAAACCGUGGGUGUUCCAGGAAAUCAAGGAGCGUAAAAAUCUGGACCCGUCCAGCAGCGAGCGGUUCGAGAUGCUCAAACGCUACGUUAACUAUGGACUCGAGCACUGGGGUAGCGAUACGAAGGGUGUAGAGAAUACGCGCCGCUUUCUGCUCGAGUGGCAAUCGUUUCUGUAUCGAUACGUACCGUACGGGCUGCUGGAGCGGCCACCCCAACGCAUCAAUCAGCGACCGGAAGCGUUCCGAGGACGGGACGAUCUAGAAACUCUCAUGGCAUCAGCAAACUGCAACGACUGGGUUAAGCUAAGUGAAAUGUUACUCGGACCCGUCCCAGAAGGGUUCAACUUUGUACCGAAGCAUAAAGCCAAUGCGUAUUAAUAAACCCAAGAGAUUACGAAAUUUACCACGAUUGGCGGCGUCUAUCGAACCGGUAAGGUAGGUAUCAAUGUACCUUACAGUCCUCGUAGUGUAAAUUGUAAUUCAACCCGCAAAAUGUAAAUAAAUCGGAUUUACCGAAACGGUUGAUUGGAAGUCCUCCGUCAGCGAUUGUUAGCAUCUUGUACUCUACUCCUGACAA